GGAGGCACCCAAGAAAAGGGUAAAGGCGUAAAGCAUCAUUGGGAGCUUAGGAUCCUCCUGAAAACAAUAACCCGAAGGGCCAAUACCUCCGCAGUGACAGGGAGGAAGAUGUGGGAAUCAAUCUGCCUAACCAUAGCGGCCACCGCUGGCAACAACAUCGGCAAAGUCCUCCAGAAGAAGGGCACCCUUAUUCUCCCCCCUCUCUCCUUCAAGCUCAAGGUGAUAAGAGCAUAUGCAUUUAACAAAGCUUGGGCAAUUGGUUUUCUAAUGGACUUGUUUGGAGCUAUCUUAAUGUUGCGAGCAUUGUCCCUUGCCCCUGUUUCUGUCAUUCAGCCUGUUUCGGGCUGUGGACUUGCGAUCCUCUCAGUCUUCUCCCAUUUUUAUCUAAUGGAGAUUAUGAAUGUUAUUGACUGGUUGGGAAUUGCCUUGGCUGGGAUCGGCACCAUAGGUGUUGGUGCUGGAGGGGAGGAUCAAAAGGCUUCAUCAAUUUCAGUUUUUCAUUUACCAUGGCUGGCAUUUUUUGUUGCAAUCUUGUUUGUGCUCCUUAAUGGCUGCCUUCGCAUAUAUAAGCGUCAGAGAAGAGAACAAGAGUUGAUGCAAUAUGAAGUAGUUGAAGAAAUAAUUUAUGGUUUGGGAUCUGGCAUACUGUUUGGGUAAUUUAUGUACAUUUUAGAUUUUUCUCUCGUUGUUUUGAGAACAGAUUCUGUUGUCAUAUUAUAACAACAAGCACCGCUUGUAAAAUUGACGAUUCCUCCUUUCUAAACCCCAAGGUUUAGGAUGAUAGGAACCAUCAAUUUUACAAACGAAGCACUGUAGGUGCCCCAAAUGUGUUGUCAUAAUAUGACAACACUUGCUGUCAAAAGAAGGGGCCGUUAAAUUUUUACCUUGGUUCUGGUACUCUUUAUUUCUUCUGUUAAUGUUCUCAUGUGAUGGAAUAAAAAAAUGGUUAAAUUCAAUAUUUAGACUAAAAUGUUCACCCCAAAGGAAUAAAGGUUUGCAGUUUAUUUUGAUAAUUUGAGACUGAGGAGUAGAUUAAGCUUUAAAGGGACGAAGGGGGUACUAUACUACUAUCCAUUGAAAUGUUGUGCUGCCUGUGUAAACUUAUUUUUGCCUAAAGAGUCCUACUUGAACAAAAAAAGUGAAUUUUCAUCAUAUUUUAUGUAUUUGUAUAAAAAAAAUGUCACAGAUAGGUUGAAUAUGUUAAAUUUAAUCAAACCACCAAAUAAAGUUGUAAAAAUCGCUAUAUUUAAUGACUUCCAAUAAUUUUACCUUACUAAAAUUUAAAAGUUGGAGCUUCACCUUGGCUUGAGCAGAGAACCGCUUCCAAGGAUUCUAGAUGGGAAGCUCACCCAGGUUCAAACCCCAUCCGGAGUGUUGAACUGUUGACUCUAUGCGCUUCAACGGGUUGGGGAAGUAUGUAUGAACAGAUUCUAAAAAAAUUAUAAAGUUGUACAUUUAUGAAACUUGCUAGUUGCUACUCUAUAGUGUUAUUUUAAGUACUUAUAGGCAUAGGAAAAGCUCGCAUUAUGCAUAUAGUCUAUGACCAUCAUGUAGUUUUUCUUGUCAUGAAUCCAUGUCAUGAAGAUCCAACAAAGUUUUACAUUGGUU